AGAGAGAGAGAGAGAGAGAGAGAGAGAGCGAGAGCGAGAGCGAGAGACGCGAUGUCGUGGCAAACAUACGUCGAUGACCACCUGAUGUGCGAGAUCGAGGGCCGCCACCUCACCGCCUCGGCGAUCGUCGGCCAGGACGGCAGCGUCUGGGCGCAGAGCGCGUCCUUUCCCCAGUUUAAGCCUGAGGAGGUCACCAAUAUCAUAAAUGAUUUCAAUGAACCUGGAACACUUGCCCCCAUUGGCUUAUUUCUUGGAUCGACAAAGUACAUGGUCAUUCAAGGAGAGCCUGGAGCUGUCAUCCGUGGAAAGAAGGGAUCUGGAGGCAUCACUGUGAAGAAGACAAACCAAGCAUUGAUUUUUGGCAUCUACGACGAGCCAAUGACUCCAGGACAGUGCAACAUGGUCGUGGAGAGGUUGGGUGAUUACCUCAUUGAUCAGGGCCUGUAGUUCAUCGAUUACCACAUGCAGCUCAUUUCCCCCCCUACAAAUGGAAACGUAAAACUUCUCUACUAAACGGUUUUGGAAAAUGACCAUAGGGUAAUAAUCUGGUGAAGGAGCAGGAAUAUCGAGUCCAUCUGAAGUUGUUGAUUUUUGAUCCCCCUUCCUUUUCUUGAUCAAAUGCCAGUCGAUGACUUGAAUUAUUGAAUGUAUGCUCUUCUUGGUUUCUUA